AUGCCCGGUGUCAAGCAUGCAUUAGGUAAGCUCAUCCCGUCUUCCCCUUUCUCUCGGCCGGGGAGCUUCUCUCUCACGCUCUCUCUAUCCCAGUCUGUUUGCUUAAUUUCUAAAUCUAUCUAUCUAUCUAUCUAUCUAUCUAUCUAUCUAUCUAUCUAUCAUUCAGUCUGUACAGAUUUAUCUGUCUUUACAAAUCUAUCUAUCUAUCUAUCUAUCUAUCUAUCUAUCUAUCUAUCUAUCUACAUGCGUGUCAUGCAAAUUUUCUUCAUUUCUAAUUUGUUCAUAUCUAUCUAUCUAUCUAUCUAUCUAUCUAUCUAUCUAUCUAUCUAUCUAUCUAUCUAUCUCAUCUGUUCAUAUCUAUCUAUCUAUCUAUCUAUCUAUCUAUCUAUCUAUCUCAGUCUGUUCAUAUGUAUGUAUGUAUCUAUAUACUUCAGCCUGUUCAUAUGUAUGUAUGUAUCCGCGUCUGUUCAUAUCUAUCUAUCUAUCUAUCUAUCUAUCUAUCGAUACAACCUGUCUGUUUCUCUCUUUCUCUCUCCAUUUCCAUCUUCAACUGCCUUUAUUUUCUCUUUUGCCAUUCCUUUUCUCAAUCUUCAAAUUAUUCAUUUUUAUCACUCUCUCUCUCUCUCUGUUAGUUUUCAAAUUUUUCCCCUCCUUCUAAAUUUUCUGUCAUUUCUUUCAUUCUCUCUCUCUCUGUCUGUCUCUCUUUGUUAG